AUUAAUAGCCGGCUGUGCAAAUGAACCCGUUGAAUGGAAUAUCCUCAUGUAUUUAAACCUUCUAUUCUCAUAAUAUACGGACCGUAAUUCAACUCCUUCUGUCAGAAGCCGGACUUCUUAUCCUCAUCUUUGCCACUUCACGGCCGACAGUUGCAAAUUACGAUUAAUCAUGGAAAAUCAAGUUUGCCAAGCCCUCAGACGUGUUGCACAAAUAGGCACCCUCUAUGAUGCGAAAUCAGACAAAUUUCUACAAGCCUCAAUUUUAUCUUCCGACCGACUGACCAACUACGUAUCGACACAGCCAACUUCUGUCACAGAAAUCACUCUCUCCAAAUGCGCGUCAUACAUGGAUGUGUUUAAAGAUCUUCAUAUAGAUGAAAACACUGCGGUCAAUACUCUUGCCGGAUACUUGGACCUCCACGGCGCCGCCGUUUUUCUUCGUGAUUUCACGCCCAGCAGUGGAGAGUUUCGUGCCGCUAUUGUUCAUAAUGUCUCGACAGUGCAACAGACACUGAACGAUAUGACUGAAGCAUUCAAAUCAUGUAGCGAUUUGACACCUUUGGGGAAAAACGAUUGCACUCACGUGGUGACUGGAAUCAGUUGGGGUCUGCGGAAUAUUAUCUCAGCAAGUUGUCCCAUGUCAAGCAAAGCUGGUCAAUCCGAAGAGGGAAAUGUUACCUUCCAAAGAGAUCUGGAUACUUUGACAUACGCUAUCGAAUCUGCCUUUCUCACACUUGAAACAGCACCUGAAAUGGAAGUUUGCAGCGAGCUCAUGCUCUAUACCGAUGUCCUUGAAAAAGAAGGUCUCGUGAUGAGAGACGUAUCGGAAGUAUGCAGCUUCAUUCGGAUCGUGCAAGAUCAUAUUCGACAGGCGAACGGCGGAAAGGGAUGGCCAAUAGAAUACACCUUGCUACCGAUCACAGCACUCUCAUAUAUUAUAUCUGCUCCACUGGGGUUUCAUUGUAAUUUCAUCCCAAUCAGGAAUGACGAUCUCGUUGCCUUUAUUCAAUUAUUCGAUGACUUUGGAGCUUGUGCAGCUAGUCUCCAAACUUAUUACACAUACUUGGCAAGCCACAUGAUGCACACAAGCAAAGAUCACAUGAAUCAAGUUUUUGCUUCUCUGAAGGCUCUAGAAGAACUUAGAAGUUGGACUAUAAAUCGGCUUCUUCACGCCUUGCAGGAGGCACGAAAGGGGAAAGGAGGGCCCUCGAUGUUGUUUGACUUAUAUCGGCACGCCACUUCGGGAGACUUUACGGUAGAUCAUGCGUCCGCCAUUGUUGGACAGGAAUCUAGCAAGCUUGAAUUCAUUAGCAACUUUACUGCACAGGGCGCAAAAUAUUUGGGCCACAAUGGGGUUUCUCUGGAAACGGUCAACAAAUCUCAUAAAGACGCCUCCUAUUACGUAUUUCAUUUCAAUUCUGCGUCAAUGGACCAAAAAAAGGAAUGGAAUGAUAACUGCGCUUUGUUACUAGAGUUACUGGGACAUUCAGAUGAGCACUUGCCCGUGUACAUUAUGGAUCAUGACGCAACGGACUAUCCUUUUUGCCCUGAUGCGGGUCCCUGCAUCUCUCAAUACAAGGGCAAGGAUGAGUGUAUUCCCGAUAUCCUCAAUCACCGUCAAUUUCUGUCCUCAAAAUGCUUCGCUCAGUCCUAUGGUACGGCUCUAGAUACUAAUGAGCGUGAACGACCAGUCAAGAGAGCCAUCGUUAGGGUACCUUGUCCUAGAUCCGAAUGCGGCCAUAAUUCUGUGGAAUGGGUCUGUCCAGUAUGCUUUGCCGCGAUUGAAUACGGAUUCAGCGAUAGAUUCUUCUACUGCGUAUGUGGCCGUGGCGCCUACAGUACAUUUGAGUUCAAAUGUAAUGAUCUUAAACACGGGAACACCUAUGAGAAAUAUAAUGCAAAAGAGCUUCAUGAACUGUUGACUGGACUCGAUCAGUCUGACUUUAUCAACAUUCUCAUUCUCGGAGAAACUGGAGUGGGAAAGUCAACAUUUAUCAAUGCGUUUGUCAAUUACUUGACUUACUCAACACUAGAUGAGGCCAAAGACGCAGAUGAGCUCACAUCUGUGAUUCCAUGCUCUUUCUCUCUCCAACACAUGGACAGAGAAAACUUGUCUGCUGGAAUUCAAGAAUACAAUGUCAAGGUUGGCGCUCGUGAUGAUGAGGCAGAUGGUUCAACAGGAAAGUCGGCAACACAGAAGUCAUCUGUGUAUUCGGUCACAAUCGGGACAAAGACAUACCGGUUGAUUGAUACUCCAGGUAUUGGAGAUACAAGGGGCCACUCUUACGAUAAGGAGAACAUGGCCGAUAUUCUAAACACGAUUAGCAGCUACGAUGAACUACAUGGCAUCCUGGUCCUUGUCAAAUCUAAUAACGCUCGUCUUACCGUUACUUUUAGAUAUUGUGUUAAGGAAUUGCUCACCCAUAUACACCGCAGUGCAGCCAAUAUUAUGGCCUUCGGUUUCACUAAUACGCGCAUCUCCAACUACGCACCUGGGGAUACGUUUAAACCACUCAAGUCACUGCUUGAUGAGCAUUUGGACAUUCCUAUUACGCUCUCCACUUCAACUACAUACUGUUUUGACUCUGAAAGCUUUCGCUACCUCGCGGCGUAUAGACAGAAAGUACCAGUAUCUAAUGAAGAAGAGUUCCGCAGAAGUUGGGAUCACUCAAGAAAAGAGGCGUAUAGACUUCUCCACUACUUCGCAUCAACAUCACCUCAUUCUGUUGUCAGCACCCUGAGCCUUAACGGAGCGCGGAAGCUAAUAUUGGAAUUGACAAAACCCAUGGCGAACAUUGCGGAAUGUAUCAGAAAAAGCAUCAAGCUAGCCGAAAAUCAGAAGAUGGAGUUGAAAGACACAAGAUUGACAGCAGCGAAUCUUCGUAAGAGGCUUCGCUUUGAAAAGAUUCAAUUCUUAGCUAAAAAGCUAGACAGGCCUCGCACAGUUUGCAAAAAUAUUUAUUGUUGUGACUUCAAAGAUAGCGGUGUUGGGGAUGGGGCGGUUGUCACCAUUUAUAAGACGCACUGCCACCGCAUCUGCUCUCUGCGAAAUGUCAAGGAAGAUGUGGUCGCCGAUCCAGGCCUUAUUCGCUGCACGGCUUUUGGUGGCGCAAAUGUUUGCCGUCAUUGUCACCACCGAUGGCAAGAGCAUUUACAUAUUCUUUUCGAGUUAUCAGAGACCAAAGUUCAAGUCACGGACACUGAAAUCGAAAGGCAGUUGAAGGCCAACGCAGACGAUGUAACGCUACGGCAAACAACCAUCACUAGGCUCGAUCAAAAUAUUGAAGAGUAUAAGCAAGAGCUCGACGAGGUUCGACGCGCUGCAGCUCGAUUUUGUCUUUUUUUGAAAAAGAAUUCCAUCACGUACAUUAAUGACGCUACAUUGGAAUAUCUAGACAUUCUCAUCCAAGAUGAAAAGGUUGCUGUUGAAGCCGCAAGAGAGAGAGGUUUCCUUACAAACACGAAACGCCUGGAGGCAUUGCACGAGGACAGGCGGAUCCACCUCCAGCUAGUUGAGACGUUCCAGCAGAAUAUGAGUGAGCCCACUUGUCCAGACGAUAUGCUUCUUGACGAACAAGGAGUUGACGCUCUGGUGAAAAAAUUGUAUAAGCUGGAGCAUUUUGGCAAGAACUUGGAGCAUGUUAAAUAUGUCAUAACUUCUUCGCUAAAAGAGACGUCUCGUGAGCGGCCAUACCGCGUACAAGCAUCUGGUCGAAACAGAUACAGUGCAAUGGGUUAUGGGAAACGAACCUAUGACCAGAAAAGGGGGGCACCGCAAGAGAGGCAUUCAUCGUCUUUUUCAACAAACAAAGGCCGCAAAAUGAGAGAUGAUGGCGGCCAUGGAUGGAGCAUGGAGCUAAUGUCACGAUCUGUUAAUCCGGAACUUUCAUUUGCUGAAGUGGCCCGCCACGGUUCUUCAUACGUACAGACACCAAAAAUGAUUCUCAGUCGCGUAAAGUCGUGGUGGAGAUAAUCACAUGUACAAGUGCAUAGCUGACGCAAAUUUAGGCUGGGCAGUUGAUAUAGGACUUAUAAUUGACAUAUAAUCUACGUCGUUUGGUAAAAUGAUGAUGAGGGCUCCUACACUGGCUGCAAUUAUAACCUCAUUCGCUCUUUUCGGCAGAAUAAUCCGACGUAGCUGUGUUAAAAAUGAGCUGUAAUAAGUGGAUAAAGCGAUGUAUAAUGUGUAAAAAGAGCAGUUUUGGGCGAAAUAUUAAAAGAGGGGGCGUGUAAAGAGGAAUUAAAU